AUGUAUAAUGAGAUGGAUGGCAACUUUGAUGACGUCACCAUCAGCACUUUUAAAAGGGGCCUCCCAACCGAGCACGACUUAAGGAAAUCCUUGGCUGGCAAGCCUGUCAUUAGCGUAUGUCAACUUACGAACCGAAUUGAUAAAUACAAAAGAGUGGAAGAGGACCAACUGCAAGGGAAAGGAAAGGAGAAGGUUAUCCCUCAAAAGAGGAGUGAUUUCAAGUCGGACCGAUACAACAAUAACCGUCCAAUGAGAGAUUUUGUAGGGCAAUCCGGGUCAACCAACAUGCAGACGGUUAACACCGUAUUUAGAGAACUGGUACAUCAGGUUUUGGAGAAAAUCAAGAAUGAGUUAUUCUUCAAGUGGCCGAAUAAGAUGGCUGGAGACUCCAUAAAGCGCAAUCAAAAUCUGUAUUGUCAAUACCACCAGGACCACGGACAUACUACAGAAGACUGCAGGAACCUUUGGAACCACCUGGAUCAGCUAGUCCGAGAAGGGAAAGUGAGGCACCUUUUGCAUCCUUCCAACGGUCAUCAAGGCCAGGCAAACUAG